CGAAGGAUUGGGAGGAAAUGUGCCAACAAAACAAAGAAAUGCUCCAGAAUUUCGAGAAGUUUGGAACCUUGAUGAUGAUAGAUGAUGAUUUUACAAGCAAUUCCUCUACUGAUUAUAGGUCCUAGCCCUUAAAACCUCAAGUUUGAAGACAGUAGCAUCUCUUAGGACUAUAUCUGUAAGCUGGUGAUUAGUCUAUUGUGUGUUUCCUCAGCGUGUACUACACCCAUGUAACAUCAUUUAUCUAAGACUGAAUUCUGAUCCUACGAACCAGCUUACACGCACAGCUACAGAGCAUCAAAUGAUAGUGCUGUGCUAUGAAGGCAUGAACAAUUUCCCGUAUCAUGUUAUUAACGUUUGUUUCACUCAAGCAAAAUGGCCUGUAAGUGAAGAAAUGUCCCAACAUCAAAUUCCGUUCUUUACUCUCUCGUUGACUUCUACGUAAUUUGAUAUGCGGAUAUCUGCCUUCAUCACCGCCGUCGCGGUCCUCACUUCGUCUGCCAAUGCAUGGCUUCCUAUGACUGAACCCCAUGGUUUAAACAAGCGUGACGAUGAAAUCUUUGUACACCCUCUUCGAACAGAACCAAAUAACAAAAGGUGGCUUCCAGCAACAAAAAAGAUUCGAGGAGUAAACCUUGGGUCUCUUUUCAUCUAUGAGCCCUGGAUCGAUAGCCAAGAAUGGGCCAACACAGGUUGCGAAGGAGAAAAGUCCGAAUUUGAUUGUGUUAUGAACAAAGGACAGGACGUUGCGGACAAGAACUUCCAAGCUCACUGGAAACGUUGGAUUAACCAAACCGAUCUUGACGAGAUGCUAAGUUAUGGCCUAAACACUAUUCGUGUGCCUCUAGGAUAUUGGCUAAAGGAAGAUCUUGUUGAUGAUUCAGAGCACUUCCCCAAGGGUGGUUUGGAAUACUUGACUCAACUCUGUAGUUGGGCCAGCGGCCGAGGCUUCUACAUCAUUCUCGACCUACACGGCGCUCCAGGUGCUCAAGAACCUAACCAGCCUUUCGCAGGUCAAUAUGCUCCCACGGUUGGAUUUUACAAUGACUACAACUACGGGCGCGCGAUCGAAUGGCUCGAGUGGAUGACUGACAUAAUCCACACCAAGAAAGAGUAUCGCAAUGUUGGCAUGCUUGAGCUAGUCAACGAGCCGCUAAACUGGGACAAUGCCGUUGAUUCGUUGCGAAAGACCUAUUAUCCCAAGGCCUACAGUGCAAUCCGUAAGGUUGAGGAUAAGCUCAAGGUCACCAGCAACAACCGCCUUCACAUUCAAAUGAUGGGUUCCCUAUGGGGAAGCGGAAAGCCAACCGAGUUCCUCAGUGAUACCUCAUUCACAGCUUUCGAUGAUCACCGAUACCUAAAGUGGGACACAAGUGUUAAAGUUUCCCACGACGCAUACAUCAAGAAAUCUUGUUUCGAUGAUCGCAACACUGACGGCCCCACGAUCGUUGGCGAAUGGUCCCUAGCUGUGCCCGACAAUGUUGAGAAGACUGAUGCUUGGAAUCCUCAGGCUCAGAAGGAGUUCUACACCAAGUGGUUCUCUGCUCAGGUGCAUGCGUAUGAAAAGCAUACUCUGGGAUGGGUCUUUUGGACUUGGAAAGCUAAUCUUGGUGAUGACUAUCGCUGGUCUUAUAGAGUAGUAGAUGCGGCGAGAGCUGGCGUAAUUCCCAAAGACCUCGACUCCCUUCCUAGUGUCUGUUGA